AUGAACGAGCUCCUCAACCACAUCCUCUCGCAGGAUCAAUUCAGAAAAAACCGCCUCCCCUCCCUCUAUUCGGACUUCCCGAUCCACCGCAAGAUCAACCCAGAGGGCUACACCACUAACAUCGCCGCCUGGCAACACGCUCUCACCAACGCCGCGAAACAUGGCCACAUUCACUCUGGUCCCGCCUCCACAACCUCUUCCGCUGCGCGCAGGAAAGCCGACCAUUUGAUCCUGCGGGCGGACGAGUCCCUGUUGCGUGAUUUGGAGAUUUCUGAGUGCGGACGGCCUGUGGCGCUCGGCGCGGUUUUCGACGAAGCGAUCCGGAACCGUACGAUGGUGCCGUUGCAGAUGUAUAAGAAUAGUGGAGUGAGUUUGCAGAAGCCUGGCUGGGGAAUUGAUACGUCUGCGUUGAGCCCGUGGGUGGUUAUGAGCUGGGGCAUGAAGCAGAUAAAGGGGGUUGUGCUUGGGUCUGAGGAGGCUACGCCAAGGCUACAGGCUCAGGAGUUGGUUCUGGUGGAGAAUCUUAAGGAAGCUGCGGAGAGGGUGGUCAAGAAGGCUACGGGGCACAAUCCCUCGAAGACGGAGCUGGUUUACUCGAAGGAGAGCUUUGUGGAGGAGUUCGCUACGAUUUUGGAUGAAAAGAGCCAGUUGUCGAAUGCGGAUAUGGAUGUGCUUUUGCUCUAUCUGUCCCGCGAUAGCGGUGCCAUCGCGUAUGAUGGGAAGACUAUCAGGUUCAGGCCUUCCAACGAUUCGCCGAGGGAAAUCACGGAGCAAGAUACCGCCGUGGCCUCGAUCAAGUCGCUCAUGGCUACUAUGAACAAGCAGGUCGAGAGUCUGGAGAAGAAGGUUGAUGAGCUGAAUCUAACUGCCAAGACUGCAUUGCAGAAUAAAAACCGCGUCUCGGCGCUCUCGGCGUUGCGCUCGAAGAAACUGGCCGAGCAUAAUCUGAAGCAGAGGCUGGACACCCUGAUGCAGCUUGAGGAGGUCUACUUUAAGAUUGAAGAGGCGGCGGAUCAGAUCGAGUUUGUCAAGGUGAUGGAGUCAAGCGCUGGAGCACUGCGUGGCUUGCAUGCACAAAUCGGCGGUGCUGCUAGGGUGGAGGACGUUGUGGAGGAGUUGCGUGACGAGAUGACGAAGGUGGAUGAGGUCGGAAAUAUACUGAACGAGGCCGCCCCACAAAUCGAUGAGAUGGAGAUUGACGAGGAGCUUGAAGAGCUGGAGAACAAGGAGCGGGAGGCGAGAGAAGAGAAGGAUGCGGAAGAAACCCGCAACAAGCUUGCCGAGCUCGACAACCUCGAGCAGCGCGCCAAAGAAGCCGCACGCAGUGCGGCAGCAGAGAAGGAUCUUGAUUCCGAGUUAGAAGAGAGGUUGUCCCGGAUGUCGGUCGAGGAGGGCCCCAGUGCCACAGCGCAGUGA